AUGGUGGCCCUCGCCGCCCGCAUUGCAAACGUGCAAGCUGUUCAGCCCAACUUGGAAUUCACAACGGACGUCAAGCCAGAGGCUGAUGUCGAUCAAAUGUGCUUCACAGUCUUCACUAACGAUGGCCUGUCCGGCUUCUACUACACGUUCAGUGGUCCCUGGGGCAGCAGCAAUGGACAUGCCGGCACCAGUGGAUCGAUCUGUGUGCCAACUAACAAUACCGCCGGUGGAGCCGCAUAUCUUGGUACAGAGUCUAACCCGGGCCCGGGUAGUACCAAGCUAGAAUGCUUCUUCCCUACCACUGGAGAGGCAAAUUGUGACAUCUCUUUGGUGGAUGGCUACUCCCUUUCCGCUGGGUGCGUGGCCAACAAUACCGAACAGAUCAUCGGUGGAUAUGAAGACCUGAACGGCAAUGGAAUCCCCUGCCCCGACCAGCAGGGCCCCAACUGCAUCAACACAGAAGGCUACGCCGCGAGUCAAUCGGACUAUUACUACUUCCCCACCGGCGACGAGAUCACCUGCAUCAUCGCCCCUUAG